CAUAUAUACUGUGAAGUACAAGUUCUACAAAUUAAAUGCCUUUCUCAAUGGCUCUUCACACUCUUGGUUCGCUCCCUGUUAGCAAUUUCGCUAGACAAUAUUUCCCGUCUAAACCUCCCAUGAUCUCUCAUGUAACAACCAAAAAUGCAUCCACAAGUAUCACCGUUAAUCCGUGUCCUCUCCGGUGCAUGGCCAGUAGUACUGUUAAUGAAAUCUCUGAUAGUCCCGUUACUACUCGCCGAGCUGCUAACUAUCAACCUGCCUUGUGGAAGGACAACUACAUCUUGUCAUUGACUAGCGAAUAUGUGGGGGAGCCAUACACUAGACGAGCUGAUCAGUUGAAGGCAGAAGUUAAGAGAAUGUUUCACAAAGUGGUAGAUCCAUUAGAGAAACUUGAGCUGAUCGAUGUGUUACAAAAACUUGGAUUAUCGUAUCACUUUGAGGAUGAAGUAAAGAGGACAUUGGAAGCUAUAUACAACACAAUUCAUCAAGCUGGUGAUAUUUGCAAGAAGGAGAAUUUAUACGCCACUUCACUUGAAUUUAGGCUACUAAGACAGCAUGGAUAUAGUGUCCCUCAAGAAAUUUUCAAUAUUUUCAUGAAUGAAAAGGGGAAAUUCAAGGCAAGCCUAUGUGAUGAUCCUAAGGGAUUGCUGUACUUAUUUGAAGCCUCAUUCCUUUCUAUAGAAGGCGAAACUAUCUUGGAUGAAGCAAGAGCGUUUGCAACAAAACAACUCGAGGAGUACGUGGAGCAAAACAAAAAUCAAAAUCUUUCUACUUUCGUGGGCCAUGCCCUAGAGCUUCCAUUGCAUUGGAGGAUGCUAAGGUCGGAAGCAAGGUGGUUCAUUGAUACAUAUAGGAGGGAAGUAGGCAUGAACCCUGUCUUGUUAGAACUUGCAGAAUUGGAUUUCAACAUGGUACAAGCAGUCCAUCAACAAGAUGUAAAACGAGAGUCGAGGUGGUGGAAGAGCACUGGCCUUGGAGAAAAGUUGGGCUUUGCAAGGGAUAGGUUGAUGGUGAAUUUCUUAUGGACUGUUGGCAAAUCAUUUCAGCCUCACUUCGGAUAUGGUAGGAGAAUGAUAACAAGGCUCAAUUGCCUGAUAACAACAAUAGAUGAUAUCUAUGAUGUUUAUGGAUCUUUUGAACUUGAGCUCUUCACGGAUAUUAUUGAGAGAUGGGAUGUCAAUGCGAUCGAUCAGCUCCCAUAUUAUAUGCAGAUCUCUUUCCUUACACUCAAUAAUUUCGUUAACGAAAUGGCUUUUGACAUCCUCAAGGAACAAGAACUGAAUGUCAUUCAGUACCUUCGAAAAGCGUGGAUAGAUCAAUGUAGAUCUUACUUGGUGGAGGCAAAGUGGUACUACAUGGGAUAUACACCUUCACUUCAAGAAUACUCUCAGAAUGCAUGGAUUUCAAUAUCGGGACCGGUUAUUCUUGCACAUGCGUAUUGUUUUACCACAUUUCCAAUGACAAAGGAAUCCUUGGCAUCUAUGGAAGAUAACAUGACUAAUAUAAUCUAUUGGUCCUCAAUGAUUUUACGACUUGCAAAUGAUCUUGGCACAUCCUCGAUUGAAUUAAAGAGAGGUGAUAUUCCUAAAUCAAUUCAAUGUUAUAUGAACGAAACUGGUGCCAGUGAAAAAGACGCUCGUGAGCACAUAAGAUAUUUGAUCAGCGAAGCAUGGAAGAAGAUGAACAAAGAACGAGCUACUAGUUCUUCGUUCUCACAAGCGUUUAUGGAAUAUGCAAUGAAUUUGGCAAGGACGGCCCAGUGCAUAUACCAAUACGGGGAUGGGCAUGGUACACAAGACCGCGAGACUAGGGAUAAUGUAUUAUCAUUGCUUAUUAAUCCCAUUCCUUUACGUAAAUGAAUUUAGUAUGUUUGUAUCAGCUAGCUCUAAUACUAUCUAAACUCCACAAAAAUAAAUCAUGGUGGCUAAUACCUCAGUUUGUGAGGAGCAUUAAUUAAUGUAUGCAUCGCUAAUAUAUAGUACUACCUGUACUUCAGUCAUUGGGAAAUGUUUUUUUCCAUGGAUUUACUCAAGCAUUUGAAUUAAAAUAA